AUGACUGCCAAUAAAUUGAGAGUUUUUUUUGCCCAUGGCUUCGAGCGAGCAGACAGAUUACCUGAUGGUAUAAUGUGUCGCGCGUGGUGGCUGAUGGUGGCCGCGGUGCUGGCCACCGCCAUCGCCGACGAGGCCUCCGACCCUGAAGGGCUGCUUGAACCAGUAGCUGCUCGUAGCAGUUUCGUAGCAGCCUACGACCGGUCGUAG